AAGCGAGUUCAAAAAGUUCAAAAAGAGUUCCUUUAUGCUCACUCUGAAGUGAGCAUAAAGGAACACAAUUAUAGUGUUAUAAGUGAGUUCCUUUCUGGAGCUUCACUUCAGAGUGAGCAAUUGGAAAACAUCCCAGGUGGGAUACAAGCUGCAGGUCCUGGGAUACAAGCUGUGGGUGAUGGGAUACAAGCUGCAGGUCCUGGGAUACAAGCUGCAGGUCCUGGGAUACAAGCUGUAGGUCCUGGGAUACAAGCUGCAGGUCUUGGGAUACAAGCUGUAGAUCCUGGGAUACAAGCUGUAGGUGCUGGGAUACAAGCUGUAGGUCCUGGGAUACAAGCUGCAGGUCCUGGAACGCAAGCUGUAGGUCCUGGGAUACAAGCUGUAGGUCCUGGGAUACAAGCUGUAGGUCCUGGAAUACAAGCUGGAGGUCCUGGGACACAAGCUGGAGGUCCUGGGAUACAAGCUGUAGGUCCUGGGAUACAAGCUGUAGGUCCUGGAAUACAAGCUGUAGGUCCUGGAAUACAAGCUGUAGGUCCUGGGACACAAGCUGUAGGUCCUGGAAUACAAGCUGGAGGUCCUGGAAUACAAGCUGGAGGUCCUGGGAUACAAGCUGUAGGUCCUGGGAUACAAGCUGUAGGUCCUGGGAUACAAGCUGUAGGUCCUGGAAUACAAGCUGGAGGUCCUGGGACACAAGCUGUAGGUCCUGGAAUACAAGCUGGAGGUCCUGGGAUACAAGCUGAAGGUCCUGGGACACAAGCUGUAGGUCCUGGGAUACAAGCUGUAGGUCCUGGGAUACAAGCUGUAGGUCCUGGGAUACAAGCUGUAGGUCCUGGGAUACAAGCUGUAGGUCCUGGGAUACAAGCUGUAGGUCCUGGGAUACAAGCUGUAGAUCCUGGGACACAAGCUGCCCUAAUUAAAAUAU